AUGGCGAGUGACAACCGAGUACCGCAUAGCGUGAAGAUACAGUGGACAGAGCUGGGUGUUACAACAGGAAUAUUUUUUGCUCUUGGAGCAAUUGCAGUGCUUCUUAGCUUCUCAGCUAAGAAGGGCCACAAAUCGACCGUUAUCGUAACCGCAUGCGGCACGACGCUAUGCUUUUGGCUCAUGUGGUUCUGCACAUAUGCAAUACAAAUAAACCCCCUUAUCAAGCCGCAGAUAACGGUGGAUCCAUCUAGAAAGUGA